AUGUGGGAUGUGGCCUGGACAGACCCAAAACGAGAGCUAGUGGGCGAGCAUCGCGGGAGAAAGGACAAAGACAGGAGUGUCAAGGACAAGAGCCUAUCUCGAAACUCGGUCUCGACAACAAGCUCAAAGACAUCUACCCACUCUACAAUUUCUCGUCUUCGGGCCAGAGCGCUUCGGCAAUCAUCCUCUUCAAAAGAAUCCCCUAGGCAGAAUAUAAACCCGGACUCUGGGCCCCAGACCCCCGAUCGCUCCUUCAACAAUCGCUCUCCAUCGGUAAUGUCAGAUGCCGAGCAGAGACAAGUCAGUGGCCGCCCGAUCCUCAGCUGCUCUGACUUGCAGAUAGAAGUUACAUCACGAAAUGGAUCUUACUCAGUGGGGCGAAGCAAGUUUGCUGCCGUCAAAAUUACAAAAAACAAAGGUGAAUAUGGCAUGUCUGUGCGCAUUUUGUCUAUUUUUGCUCAUGCUGUUCGUGAAGAACUAGCUCCAGAAACAUCAGCCACAAUUGAGUCGUACGCUAGGCAGUCAGACGACAGUGACGUAUUUUCUACGAAAAGGAAGGAGAAAGAGGACACUACAUCUACAGAAUACAGAAAUGGAAAUUCGAAGCAGCGCAAUGGGGCCGGUAUCUGGCCGCAGCGCUCGUUUGAUCUCCAAAGCCCCAUAAGACAGUCGUUUGUAGCCAGUCCCUUGGUGUCGCCCAAGUCGCCAUCCAGAGUCCAUGGGUCAAGCCCAGUAUUGCCGCAGGAUGAGCCAGUAAUGUUGGUACCACCCCUGAGAUGUCAAAUACGACUACCACCCAAGCCAGCCCAGGAACCCUCUCCCAUCAACGAUUUAUCCUUGUGGCGCAGCCCGAGAGAAUGGAUUGCCACUACAGAAAUGGGGAACACAGUUCAAAUGAUCGAGACAGUGACCGGACUCAGAGCCAAGGAGCUAGAAACCACCUCGUUCGAGCCGUCGCCCGAUUCGUGGCAUCUACCGACAGAGGUGAAGCAGAUGGCCCAAGCUAAGCCUUCAACAGCGCUAUCCAAACUGAAAGCAUCAGCUGAGAACGCAUUGAGCUUGGAGGAAACCCAAAAAAUCAACGGGGAGAAGAAACGAUGGAUGCUCUCUGUCUUGCACCAUCUAGAUUGUGGCAACAGACACGACGCGAGUGGUUCAAGCACACUGAGAAACGGGCUCGAAAUACUAGAACAGACCAGGCGUCGAAAGAUUUUGGCAGCAUAUGAUCCUAGAUGUAAUGACUGGUCCUACCAAGCGCAACUUCUGUUAGACAAAGUGCUAACACUGACAGUAGUCUCGGCGCGCUACUUGGCUGCGUUGUGGCCCGAAAACACAAUUCAUCACCUGUCCGACAACCCACUCUCCUCAGACUCAGCACCGAAUAUUUGCGCUGUUUAUAGUCCGGAUGCGGUCUCGCCCUUGCCGGGAGCCCUUCGUAAUUUUGACGCUGCUUAUUCCAUGACAUUGCCUUCGCUCUGCCGCGAGUCGGAUAUCCCGACGGUUCUGAACAAUAUCAACAAAUGCCUAAGGUCCGGAGGAGUCUACCAUUUACUAUUGAUAGACCCCAUACCGAACACAGACGCGCUGGGGAAGAACAUGAGGGCUUGGUUUAGGAACCAUCUGCUGCAGAGACUUAGGCAGCAGUCACGAUGUCUUACCCCCAGCUACAUCUUUCCAAAAGCCCUUGGGGAAUCGUCGCUGCGGGGGCAUGGGAGCACCCUGACAACCACCAAGUUCUACGCGAACCCUCGGAAUAUAAGUCGCAGCCAGGAUGAAACCGACGAGGAAGCGAGGCAGGAGAGGGAAGGCAAAGAAACCAGGGCCGAGCUCAGGAGUAUUGUUGGGCGUAUGCUCUGGAGAGAAGUCUGGGGCGAGUUCGUCACGUCAGACACUUGGUGGUGGGAGGACCCGGAUUGCAUGCAGGAGUGCCUUGAACUGGGGACUUUCUGGGAGUAUUACUCAAUCCAGGCUGUGAAAUCGAAUUGA